CCCAGAUAGUACUGACAGCUGGUGGCACUCUUUGGCAGCUGUCGUCUAUCGCGGCGCCGCGGGGCACUGGCAAGACUCGACUUGCCGCUCCGAUAACGAUAAGCAAUUUUUUUGAACAGGCAUUCUCUACUCCAGACACAGUUCAGUUCGCAUCCCAGCCAACCACACCAAAUCCGACGGACGACAGACAGAUCGACCACCGUCACAAUGCUUCGUCAAAUAAAACCCCGUAAUGCGCGCUCCAAGCGUGCCCUCGAGAAGCGCGAGCCCAAGGUCCAAGAAAACCCCAAGAUGGCGCUCUUCCUCCGUGGCACAUCGUGCUCGCAAGUGACACAAGAUGCCCUCAAUGAGCUCUACCAGAUGCGCCAGCCGCUGGCCAAGCGCUUCGUUAAGAAGAACGACUUCUUCUCGGAAAAGAACGACGCCUCCAUCCUCGUCUUCGGCCACACCUCAAAGAAGCGCCCCAACGCCAUCACCUUCAUCCGCACCUUUGGCCACAAGAUUCUCGACAUGCUCGAGCUCUACCUAGACCCGGAGUCCUUCCGCACUCUCGCACAGUUCAAGGGCAAGAAGGUGCCCAUCGGCCUCAGGCCCAUGCUCGUCUUCGCCGGCACCGCCUGGGACAGCCCCAUUGCCAAUGAGUACACUCACGCCCGCAGCUUCUUCACCGACUUCUUCCGCGGCGAGCAGAUGGACAAGAUCGACGUCGAGGGCCUGCAGUGGAUCGUUUCCAUCACCGCCGACGAGCCCACGGCUGCCGGCGAGGGUGACGUCGCCGGCGCCAAGCCCACCAUCCGCCUCCGUGCCUACACCAUCAGCACCAAGCGCAGCGGCUCAAAGGUGCCCCGCGUCGAGGUCAACGAGAUCGGCCCUCGGAUGGACUUCCGCGUCGGACGCAUGCGCGAGCCCGACGAGGCCAUGCUCAAGGAGGCUAUGAAGAAGCCCCGCGGCACCGAGGAACGCACCAAGAAGAACAUUACGACGGACGGCAUGGGUGACAAGAUGGGUCGCGUGCACGUCGGCCGCCAGGACCUCAGCGAGCUGCAGACGCGCAAGAUGAAGGGCCUGAAGCGCAGCAGGGACGUCGCGAGCGAGGAUGAGGGGGAGAAGGGCGACGUUGAGGAGAAACCCAAGAAGGGCCGCAAGGAAUAAAACGGUGGUGGCAACGGCCCUUGGCGACGGAGCUCGGUUGGUCGUGUCUGUAUGUGCCGUGGACUUUGAUAUACAUAUCCGGGUGGGAGGAGACGAAGCGGAGGACCACUCAUCGGCGUUCUUGUUUUUGGUCAGGAGGCAUCCCCACGGUCGGAGUUUUGAGCUUCUUUCAGCAGAUGGUCGGCAGAUUACAAAAGCAGGAACAGAGUCAAAAGCAGUUAAAGACAUU